CCUGCUUGGGGGAGCUGUCGCUGCUGGCCGUUCGAUCCUGAACGACACACAUACAUCCACACAUCCAUACAUAUCACAUACAUACAUAACACAUAGAAAACAUACACAAACACAACAUGGGACAUCUGACGAGCAGCGCGACGCCAGCGAGCCGGUAACCGGGUUACGACAAUGUUGCUCCUGUGUUUACGUCAGGGCCGCGUAGCCCAACUGCGGUGCUUGGCCACACUGCGCCAGCUCGAGCGUCGGCCGUGGCGGUUUGUGACGAGCUGCACGCGGCUCCCCAGCAUCGGUCCACGCCUCGCGCCCGGCGGCGGCGGCAUCACCUUGCACGUCACGCAGCCAGGGGCCCGAGGGCUUUGCAGCGGGAAAUCUCGAGAGAUUUCGGAAGGCUCGCCGUCCGCGGACCGGAAAAAAGCGGAGGCCCGUCUGGUGCCGGGACAUGGACUAUUUAAAUUCAAGGAGCUGUAUGAGAACCCAUGGACAUUACCUAACCUGUUGUGUGUUGGUCGGAUCAUAUUGGCACCUUUCCUGGGUCACCUGGUCAUCCAGCAGCAAUUUCACCUGAGUUUGGUUCUGUUUGCAUUGGCUGGUGCUACUGACUUGUUGGAUGGCUUCAUAGCCAGGACAUGGCCCAAUCAGAAGUCUGCGUUGGGCAGCGCUCUAGACCCAUUGGCUGAUAAAAUCCUCAUCAGUAUUUUGUAUGUCAGCCUCACCUAUGCCCAGCUUAUACCAGCUCCUUUAACAGCCCUGGUGAUCUCUAGAGACAUUGGUUUGAUAGCUGCAGUCUUCUGGGUCAGAUACAAAACUGUACCUCCACCGGUGACCCUUAGCAAAUUUUUUAACCCAUGCUACACUACAGCUCAGCUAAAACCCACAUUGUUCAGCAAGGUGAACACCGCCAUCCAGCUCCUUUUGGUGGCCGCUUCUCUGGCCUCUCCAGUCUUUCAGUAUACAGACAGUCUGCUGCUACAGUCGCUAUGGUACAUCACAGCAGUGACUACAACAGCAUCAGGGUACAGCUACUGGCACUAUGGCCGUAAGACUGUCCGGGUGUUAAAUACAAAAUCCCCAUGACAAACGCAGCAGGUCACACCCAGCAACUCUAACAGUGUCAAAUGGUCUCAGUUCCGAGUAGCCAUGACACCUGCAAGAUGGAGGACGUGAUGGACGAACAGACGGACAGUUACCUGCAGUGAUGAUAACUGUACUUGAGUCACCAUGAUGGUACGCUGACAACAAGGCAACCCAUGGUACACAGAGCACUACAAAACCAGCCAAUAACUCUUCUGCUGGACUGGCUGGGGACUAGAGACCUGUACACAUAAAAAACACACACACACACAUACACACACACACAAAUAAAGCAGGUAAAGCAGUCUAAUUAGAGUGUCUGUUGGGGAUUUUUUUCCUUUUUAUUCAGGAGGUUGCCAUGUUGCCAUGUCAAUCUUAUCAUUGUCCAAAUUGUCAGUUUUGUAAACCACUGAUUUAUGAUUAAAAAGAAAAAACAAGUAACUAUGUAGUG